AUGGACGAUUUGUUCGGCUCCGAUGUAAGCGACAGUGAGACCAAGGGCAACCCGCGCUCGCCUGCACGCGGCAGCUCGCCUGCAGCGACAGAGACGCCGGGCAAUGUAGCCGACGACCUGUUUGGCAGCGACACCGAGGAGCCUGUGGCACCAAGGCCCGAGAAGGCCGACGGCGACGCGUUAGAAGAUCUGUUUGGCAGCGACGAGGAGGCAGAGCAGACAGGCGACAGACACACAGACAGAGAUGACGACGAUGCGCGCAGCACACACAGCAUGCGCAGCGUCGACGAUGACAAAUACAUUCGGCAGAAAGUCAAAGUGCUGGGGGCCAAGAUCCCGGUGCUGCCGAUGCCGCGGGCGUCUGACGACCGCUUUGUGAUUGCACGGACACCAAAUAUCUUGCAGUUUGAGUCGACACCGUUCUCGGCGGACGCGUACGAGGAUGUGAUUGCUGACGAGCACAGGGAGGCCGAGCGGUCAGGAUUCCGAACCAAGGUGUCGGCUGAACUGGCCUCGGCUGUCGACGGCGUCAUCUCCAACACUGUGCGGUGGCGUAUCGGCAAGAACGGGAAGCACGAGAGCAAUACGCGGCUGGUGCGGUGGUCCGAUGGAUCGAUGACGGUGAUGGUCGGCGGCAGUGUGCCCGAGUCAUACAAUGUGUCUGCGGACAGCCUGGCUGCGGAGCAGCAGUACAUCGCCGCGCAGCACCUGUCUGCCGGCCUGAUGAUGAGCCACGCGAAGCUGACAGACAAAUGGUCGCUGCGGCCGUCGCGCCAGUCGGUAAAGGCUCGCCAUGCGGUCUCACAUCUGCUGCCCCGCCUCAAGACUGCAGGAUCGGCGGCACACAAGCCCGGUGGAACCCGGUUUAUGGUCGCCGAGGAGGACCCGGAGCUUAUCGCCAAGCGCGAGGAGAUGGAGGAGGAAAAGCGCGAGCGGCUGCGUCGCAAGGAGGAGAAGCUGCGCGAGCGCAAGGAGGCCAGGGACCAGCGCAACGCGCCUGUGCAGGACAACGCGUACUCGGACGACGAGCACGGAUAUGGAUACGGGUCUGACGAGCAGGAUGUCGACGUUGAGCGCUCUGCACGUGACUCGAGCCGCGCUGGCCGCGCCCCCGCAUACAACGCCGCGCCCUUUGCCCGUCGCGCCCGCAACUCGUACAUUGACGAGGAGGAGGACGACGACGGCUUUGUCGUCGACGAUGACGCCGAGCUGGAGGUCGGCCCGCACGACGAGUUCGACGAGGAGGAGGAGGAGGAGGAGGAGUAUGCGCGCCGACUCAACGACGCCAAGCGCACACACGGCGACGACGACGAUGCCAGCACCCACCAUGCUGGGCGCAGCGCCAAGUCGCGCCGCCUGAUGGACUCCGACGAUGACGAUGACGACUUCUAG